GAUAAGCGGCGAGUUUAUUAACAUUAUUUCAGUUUCAAUCUGGCAAACAAACAUGCAAAGUGCACUUUUACUGGGCUUUAGCCUGGCUCUCGUCUUGGUGGCUUCCAUCGAAGCGGAUGUGGACAUCAAUAGGGCCACGGCCAACCAGAUCCGCUGGAACAUCAAUAGAACGGCAUCGCCCUGCACUGAUUUCUGGAGCUUUGCCUGCGGUAACUUUGUCAACCACAACUCGCCAGCCUCCAAAUAUGUGGACAACUUUGGGUGGGUCGAGGAUCAGUUUGCCACUGCCCUGGUGGAGUUUAUGGAGAGCGACUUGAAAGCUAAUGACACCCAGGCCCCACAGCUCAUCCACCAAAUGCGAACGUAUUACCAGGCCUGCACCAGGGAUAAGAAGCAAUGGACGCCAGUAGAUCCUCCAGAGAUGGUCCAACUUUGGGCAAGGGCCAGUUCAGGACCCCUUGGCAUAGCCUUCGAUGAGCGAGCGGAUGUGGCCACCAAUGAUUCCACGCGCCGUGUGGUCCAGUUGACGAUGCCCGAGCCGAGAUUCAGGUAUAGGAUGCUCCGAGCACUGCAGUUUAUAGAAAAUCCCAAAAACAACUACCAAAACAAGGAUAAUCUGACUCAAUUUAUCAAGGACUUGAAGGAGCUGCAGGAUAAGCAUCGCUUUGAUGAGCCCACAGUGUACACAUGGACCUACAAGGAAAUGUUUGAGCAAAUUCCCCACCUGUCCUGGGCAGAGAUCCUUAGUGAGCUUUUCGAGGUCAACAGGAACUCGCCGCUAUUCAAGGACCUCGUCUUCGAGGUCAGCAAUGUGGAGUAUUUUCGGGACUUGGUUCAGCUUCUGAAGUUCGUAAAAUAUGAGGAUUACAGAGAGUACGCAAGAGUACACCACUUAGUUGUCCUUGAAGAAGCGGAGCCUAUGUUUCGCAAUCCAAAGUCCUGUAUUCACCACAUGCGAGCCAUCCUGCCGCUGGGCAUAAACUACAUUUACAAUCGCUUUGUGUACGAAAACCGGGAGCAGGACACUCGUCGUCUGCAGGAGAUAUUCACCAUGUUGAAGGCCACUUUUAAGAAAUACUUUGAGGCCAAUCGUUUGGAGCUCAAUGCCGAGAUGUUGGCCUACCUGGAAGCCAAGUUGACGGGCAUGCAGCUGAAGGUUGGCAACCUGCCGGAGGAGAACUCCUCAGAGUUCUAUAACUUGCACUACGAGAGUGCCGAAUUCAAGAAUUCCACUUUCCUGGAGAAUCUUAUCGAGGCCCUGACCCUCCGAACCCGUCUCCAGCAUGCGGGACUCCUGCAGCCGCAGGCUAGGCUGGAUCUGAGGCGUUACUACGUCAACGAUAAUGUGUUCAAGGCUCGCACCUCUCCCUUCUAUGAGAACGAAAGGAACACCAUCACUGUGCCCAUGGAAUUUCUGCAGUUUCCCCUCUUCGAUCAUCGCCAGCAUCCCAUCUUCCAGGAGAGCCUUAUGGGUGCGGUGCUGGGUCACGAAAUGAGCCAUGCCUUCGAGCAGGAGGGCUUGCUGUUCGAUUCCUCGGGAAAUGAGUCACCUAUAGGUUUGCAGAUCGUUGAAUCCAAAAGUUUCCAGGAGGCCAUCAAGUGCGCUAGGGGAAAAAAAUCCCCUGUUUCCCUGAAGGAGUGCGUGGCCGAUAUUAAUGGCCUUCAGCUGGCCUAUGACUCCUUCUUCGGUUUCAACUCUGACCCGCGGACAGUGGAGUAUCUUCCUUAUGCCUUUGACGCGGAGUUCAAGUCGAAACUGUUCUACCUGAGCUAUGCCCAGUUCUUCUGCGGAACCCUGCCGCCGGUGCUUGGCCACGAUCGCGACGAUGAGCGAGUGAACGUGAGCGUUGGCAAUUUGCGUCAAUUUGCAUACGACUUCCAGUGUCGUCAACCUCCGUCUCCGCCUUCCCUGUGUGAAAUAUGGCGCCCAAGGGAAGAGACCGAGCCAGCUAAAUUGCAGCCAUAACUAUAAAAUGUAAUACAGAAUCUAUGCUGAUUGAAUCUACAAUUACUUGGGUCUUAAAUUUUACAAUUUUGUGAGCUAAAAAAAAGGAUUUAUUGAAUUAUUUGAAAUAUUAUUUUGUUUUAUAAUUUUACCUGUGCAAAUCGUAUAUAUUUGCUUGGGUAAAAUUGUAUUUAAUGAAUUUUUCUAAAUAAUGUUUUGGAUUAUUAUUUUGUUCUAUAAUGCAAUAAAUGCUAAAAUAAUAUAUUUACUUGGGUCUUAAACUUCUAACAUAUGU